AUGUAUGAAUUAGUUUGCAUCAUACUUCUGGUAGUUACAAUAAUAUUUGGCAAUGGAUUGACGAUUAUAGCUGGAAGGUUGAGUCACAAACUGCUCAGUGUCACUUCCAAUCAAUUGAUACUUAGCCUCGCUAUUUCAGAUUUUUUCGUAGGUUUUGCGUUAUUCUACGAUCUGAUCUUUCUUAUUGAACAGUCUCUCAACUACUACAAAUUUUUGUGUUUACUCAGGUAUGUAAUUGUUUGUGGCGCCUGUAUGACAAGUUUCUUCAACAUAUUGGCAGUAGCUAUAAAUCGGUACGUCGCGAUAGCUUACCCACUCAAGUACCCGAAAUACUUAACAAGGAAAAAAACAAAUGCUAUGAUAGGCAUCAAUUGGUGCGCAGCUUUAAUCAUAUCAACUAUACCCUUUUACUGGAACGAAUAUCAGUCAACGCAAGAAUGUAUUUCUAUAAACUUUAUUCCAAGAUGUGAUUCUUCUACCGAUAUUUUUUACUACCUGGCUGAGUAUUCUCGUCUUAUAUUGGAAAACUUGGAGAGCAACGAGGUCACAUGGUUACAAAUGCAAUGA